AUGCCAUUUGCCAAACGACUCGUGGAACCCCAGUUAGUUUGCAGGCACUACAUCCCAAACGAGGACGGUCUACUUUACGAGGACCUAGUUACUAUCAAUAAUGUGGCUCUAUCGAGGACUUUACGGCAGCUGUCGGAUCUCGCCAAACACGCGUGCUCCAUUUUUCAGGAGCUGGAGAACGACCUCACGUCCACGAACCAGCGCGUGAGGAGACUCCACGGUAAAAUUAACCUACUUCAGCAGACAUGUGCCGAACUGGACCCCAAGCAGGAGGCAGUGCUCUCAUCUCAUUUCUCUGUUCCAGUAACUCUUCCCAAAAGCCUGCCCAUCUUCAGCUCCUCCUCGCCCUCCAAGCCCAGCAGACGCUCCCUGCAGCCCCCCUACAGACUGCCCACACCCCUGCCCCAGUUACCUGUGAGGAAAGGGGUCCGGGGCCGGCGUCCGAAGAGUGAGACCAUUGCCCUGCUCAAGGCUGUAGCCGAAGCAGCAGCAGCUAAUCAGAAUGGAGCAGCGGUACCAGAGACCACACGAGUAAUAGAACCAAGACUUCAUAAGAAACGAGGGCCCAAACCUGGAAGUAAGAGGAAGCCCAAGAUCUUCCACAGAGCUCUUGAGCUGCCCAGUAUCCCAGUCCCACAGGAGAGUCCCGCCAGCCUCAACUCUGUGGUGUCAACAGUGUGUGUGUAUGUGAACAAACAUGGGAACUGUGGACCACACCUGGACAGGAAGCAGAUGCAGCGCCUCCCAGACCACUUCGGCCCAGGCCCCGUCAACUCUGUCCUGCAGCAGGUGGUCCAGUCCUGCAUUGACUGUGCAUACCAGCCAAAGGUCCUGCUCAGCGCUCUGCACACCCACUCUGGAGGAGGGGAGGUGGUCCGAGUGCGUACAGAUGGGGGGGUACGAGUGGUCAAACUGCCCUCUGCCUCCAGCGCGUCCUUCGUCCUGCGCUUCCUGGAGACCAUGUGCCGGCACCUGCAGUGUGACAGUCUGUUCAGCAGCCAGCCCUUCAGCCACUACUCCUCCUAUGACAGGACCAAGUCAGUAAAAGAGGAGGCUCUGGAUCUACCCUCUUUGAGCCGAGGUACCAAAAGGAGCCUGUCGGGAGUGUCUCCUCCAUACGCUGCUCCUCUAUCGCCCAAACACCUCCGAACUGAAGCCCACCCCUCCGAAGCCGAGACUCUACCCCAUGAGGAGAACGGCCUGAUGAAGGAGCAGCGCUACAUGGACUCUGCCUCCAACUCCAUGACCCCUCGACCCCACAGUGUCAGGACCCCCUCAGACUAUCACUCCCAGCCCAGCGCCCCCUACCGCCACCACGGCGCCACAACGCCCAUGAGGCGCCUCUCCUCCAACUCCACAGACCACAGCUCCACACUGCCCCACAGGAGAGUUGAAGCAGCAAGUUCCACAACUGGGCCCGAUGCGUCAGAGCGGGAGGGUGCACCCAGUAAAAACCCCUCAUCCUGGACCAUCGAAGAGGUUAUGCAGUUUGUGAGGGACGCCGACCCCACAGCUUUAGCUCCACAUGCCGAACUUUUCAGAAAACAUGAGAUCGACGGCAGGGCUCUGAUGCUGCUGAGGAGUGACAUGAUCAUGAAGUACAUGGGGCUGAAGCUGGGGCCUGCUCUCAAACUGUGUCACCACAUCGAGAGGCUCAAACAGGGCAAACUGUGACGGCCACACAGGAUGUCCUAUCAGCUGUAGACCUCUGAGCAAUAACCCCUCCCCCUGUGCUUCAGUACGAGACAGUGACUCCAGCCUACAGACAGGAGGCGCUAUGUGUUACUCCAGUGCAAGCUUCACAAUCCAUGUUACGACUUCCAGAGCGGACACGUUACCUCACCCUCCGUCAGUUUUCCAAGUCUGAAGAGACACAGUGAACUUGAUGAAAUCCCAAAGGAAAAAUAAGCCCGUAGUGUUUACAUUGCAGAGCACAUGAGCACACGUGGACACAAUUUUUACACAACUGAAACUUUCUGAUCCUACUUUUGGAUCCCCAAAGAUGGAGAAUGUUUCUUCUUAUUUGAGGCGUAUUGUUGAAUUUCCAAUUGAUAAGGAAGGGUUAUGUACUGAAAACAUGUGUUAUUGAUAAAGCUCUUGAGGAGGAUUUUAAGCUACUUCCACAUUCUUUUAAAUCAACUACUCAAGUAUUGGUACAUUUGCUUACCUGAUGAGUGACUGUCAAUGAUUGUUUUUUUUUCACACUAAGACAGAACUUUAUACACUAAUCAGGCAUAACAGAAUGGUUAUUAUUAUGUUAAAGAGUGAGGUACAUAAGAAAGCAAGACCUCAUAUUUAAUAUUUUAGAAGACUGAAAUGGCCAAGUGUUGGGAUAAUGGGAUCAGUGCAAGUUUGCUGUGGUCAGUAUGUAUUAAAAGUGGACCCAGGAAGUAAAGAACAGUAGUGAAUCAAUAAUAAGUGAUUCAUGUGCGGUUGGCCAGUAAUGGAGAGUGACUGCAUCUCAAAUUACUGCAGAAGCUCAUAAAGUAAAGUCAGAAAACAUGAUAUAGUUCCAUGCGAGGCUAUAGAAUGAUUAUGUUAUGCCUGAUUGGUGUGUUUGUACUUUAGAAAGUAUUGAUACACUUGUUUACCUGAAGAAUUGAUGACUGUCUCACUCUGAACUAGACACUAGUUUCUCCCUUUACAUUCAGAGACAUUGAGUUUGUUCUACCGCUGUCCUAAAUGUGCGUUUGCAUGCUGGACAAGAAUGGUAUUAUUUUUGUGUCUUAGCAAGCCCUAAGUUGCCUCCUAUUAUUUUUCAUGCAGUUUUUUAUCAGAUCAUUUUUACACAUGACUGAGAACAGGCUGAGAAGUGUCAUUUCAAUGGAAAGUCAAAGGAAAUCUGACAAGGGCUGUUAUCCUUUGUUUGAUGUUUCCUAUAUUUGUCAUAAUCAUUUUGUUAGCUUUUGACCGUUGCAAUCACUGUUAGCAGAGAUGUGUACAGUUUUAUGGGUUUAACCAUGAAUUUCAGCAACCGAAUGUACAUUUUGUAGAAACGUUAAUAUUUUAAGUAAAUAAUAUACUUAUGUUAGUUAUGUGAGGGGGGAGGAUUUGGGGAGGUUGAAAACUGGGUUAAUUUGUUCAUAAAAAAACUUAAUGCAACGCUUUUAGUUCCAAUAUUGAAUAAUAGAUCUUGCCUUGCUUUACCAACAACAUUUCUCAGGAUUACGUGAUCUUUGUAGUACUUUUGUAGCAUACUGUUUGUACUUACACAUACUCUUCCUGUUACCCCCUUAAGUACUUUGUGCCAUAUACUAUUUAUGAGGAACAUCAGAUAGUUGGAUUCCUGCAUCCUCUUAAAAUACUUGAAAUUACCGUAUUGUCUUGCAAAGUCACUUGUCCAUAAUGUCACAACCGAUAAACAAUGUGGUAAUAAUGA